AUGGCCCCUCUGGCCCUAGCCAUCACAGUGUCCUAUGAAGCUAAGUGGAUAUAUUUUUCCCUCUCAAUCCUGGAACUGGCAAUAGGGAUUCUUAGCAAUGCGUUCAUUGUGUUGGUGAAUGCCUGGGAUCUAGUGAGGAGGCACCAGCUGUCCAAAUUUGACUCUGUCCUGCUAUGCCUUGGCGCCUCUCGGAUCUUCCUACAGAUUUUGCUCUUUAUGGAUGCUCUUCACCUCACCCAUUUUCAAGUGAUGAGGGACCCACUGAGCAUCAAGUACAAAACCGUCAUCUUAUUUGGGAUGCUUGUCAACCAAACCAGCCUCUGGCUUGCCACCUGGCUUAGCAUUCUCUACUGUGCAAAGAUUGCCCGAGUCUCUCAUGCCUUUCUAAUAUGGCUUAAAGGCUGGCUCCUCAUGACCAUCCCCCAGCUGUUACUAGGUUCCCUGAUUUUCCCUUGGCUCAGUUUCUUUCCUUGUAUAUGGAAACAUUUUAGUUUAUCCUACUCCAACUCUACAGUUUCUUUCUCUGGGAACAUCACAGAGAAUAGCAUAAAGGAGAGAUUCAUUUUUUUCCAUUUCUUUCUUCUUUGCAAUUUGGGCAAUAUCUUUCCCUUCCUGCUCUUCCUGGCAUCUUCCAGCAUCCUUAUCAUCUCCUUAGGAAGACACAUGAGGACAAUGACAGCUCAGACUACUGGCUCUGGAGACCCCAGCCUGGAGGCUCACAUCAUUGCCCUCAGGUCCUUGAUUUCUUUCCUUUUGCUCUAUGUAAUAGGUUUUGUAGCUACCCUAGCGGCAGUCCCCUUCACCUUACUUAUUUCCAGCAAGAUUGGGGUGAUGGUAUGUGUGGGGAUAAUGCUCACUUCUCCCUCAGUACACUCGAUCAUUCUGAUCCUCAGCAACAACAAGCUGAAAAGAGUUCUCAAAAGCAUUCUGUACUGGCUUCGGUACUUUCUAAAGGCAUGCAUAGUAUAA